AUGACUGGAGAGGAGAGCGUCAGACGCGUCAACGCUUUUGGCGGCGCAUCGCGACACGCAAUCAUUCCACAAGCGCUUUGCGUCGACGAUCAGUUCCUCCAGCUUUUGCACCUUUUCACGGGAAUAUUCUCACCAUGAACUUUCAACAACAAAACUUCGGGUCUCCACAACCUUCGGCAACUAAAACUUUUAUGACCGAAAUGACUCCAGUCACCGCUCCAACUUGUACGGUAUGUGAUUUAUAUCUCAUUUUAUUUUUUUUUUCGAAAGAAAUUGAUUGUCGACCCCGCAAAAAAGUUUCGCAGCUUCAAAUAGAAAAAAUCCAAUUAUUUGCUCAAAUCUAUUUCUAUUUUCUAAUUACUGAAGAAAAUCUUACUAUUUGCAGGCUUUUGAAAAAAAAAAUAUGCUUCGAAAAAAAAAUCCGUGAAGUGUUCAGAGAAAAAAUUUUCCAAACUCUGCUCUUCUUUACUAUUGACUUUUUUGCGCGUUGAUAAUAAUCGGUUUUUUUAUGACAGAGAAAUUACUGACCAUAACUUUCAUGCGGGCCGUUUCAAGAAAGUUUUCUAUUUUUAGUGAUAAUGUUUGACGUCAAAAGACAAAUAUUUACGGUUUCGACAAAUAUACAUCAAGUUUUUUUAUGCAAGAUAAGUGUAAAAGGCCAUUAAAAUAAAUAACCAAGAGUACCUUUUUUGUCCUUAGUGGUAUUUACUAUGAACGGAUAUAUUUCAGGAAAGCGCGUGUUGUGUUUGUUGAGACUCCGGGAUUCGCCUACGGACAAGCCAAUUAUUAUACUAAUUAUCCAGUGACUUCAGCUUCUCACUUUUCACAAAAUAAUUUCUACAAUCAACCGCUGUACGUCUCUCAGCCAGCUUCUUGGGUACCUCCAGAUCCUUUCGUCGCCCCUUUCCAGCCGCCUUUUCAAAACAAUGUCUACACAUCCCCAGAGUUCCAUCGUUCUCCUAUCAACGUUGAGCCCUUUGACCUUCAAUUCUUCAACGAUCAACCGCGAAAAUCACCCGAGCAAAUUAAGGUUUGGCUUAUCUUCACGCAAAUUUCCUCUACGCGUUGAUAAGAAAGACAAGGUACAAAGUCUGCAUUCAAACGGAGACCACUUUUUCCGCUUCAUGAGGAAGUGUAUCGGCAAACGAGCGUCAAUUAUCUUUUUUUUCUCAAUUUCCUUUCAACACAGUUGUAAUUAAUUUUUUGGAAAGGCCUAAUACCCAUGUUCAGGAACAAAUACUGGAGGAAAUAGUUCGCGAGUGCGAAGAAAUUGAGCGCCGAAGCACAUCGAGCUCAUCUCCAAGCACGGUUUUUCAAGAAAAAAUAAAAAAAAAUAGCUGUUUGAACAGACGUGGUCUUCGGAUGAACGAGACACUCCAGACACAUUUCGUCCUCACAAGACUCCAGAAAAACGAGAACGCAAAAAGGUAUGUUUUCAGUACUGAAAAAUCAAACAUGUUGUUUAUAAUCUUAUCUAUUAUAUAUUUUAAGGCUCAAAACCGCCUUGCUGCAACUCGCUAUCGAGAGAAGAAAAAGAAGGAAAAAGAGCUUAAGCUUGACAAAAUUUCAGUUCUAUCCAAAACUAAUGGCAUUCUUAAGAACAAGGUUACCGGAAGUCGAAUCAUCCAGAUACCCAUUAUUAUUUCAGGUGUCUGACUUGGAGCGCGAAAUCCAGUAUCUGAAGAAGCUGAUGAAAGAAAUUGGCGUGGCUCCUUAA